AACAUAAACCUGGACCAAAAGUAAAAAACCAGUCCCCUAUUUUAGGGUCAACGACUACAUUUUCUCGCCACCUCUUUGGACUGCAACUCUCAGGCUGCGAACGCAAACCAAAGGACGUCAAUUUUUCAUGCGGAAUUAUUGUCAUAACUCUACGAUGCGCCGGUAUUAGCAAGCCUGAUUAUUUUAAUGGCGAUUAUCAUUUAUCAGGCCGCAAGGCAGUUGCCAUUACCGCCAGGACCGCCUCGACGUUGGCUUCUAGGAAAUACGAUGCCAAAGUCAUAUGCGCCGUUACAAUUCGCGAGAUGGACAGAGCAAUACGGACCUGUCUUCUCCCUCAAACAAGGCCAUAGGAUUUUCGUGAUUAUAGGACGUCAUCAGGCCGCGGUUGAUCUCAUGGAAAAAGAGGGAGCACAUAUUGCUGACCGCCCGCAUUCUAUUGCAGUGCAAGAGACACUAUCUGGCGGGCUGAGAAUAGUCCUUGAGGGCACUGGUGAGAGAUUGCGCCGGCUGCGCAGGGUCUUGCAUGCAAGCUUGCAACCCAAGGUCGCGGAGACCUAUGAGCCAAUCCAGACCAGGCAUGCGAAGAACUUGAUUCUAGAUAUCUUAAAUGAUCCAAAGAACCACCAAGGUCAUGCCAUGCGUUAUUCAGCUUCCGUGGUCAUGUCCUUCACCUAUGGAAAAACUACUCCGACUUCGUACACAGACCCUGAAAUUGUUGCCGUCAAGAAGUCUCUUGGGCGUCUUAGUCGAGCCCUGAGGCCUGGAGCAUACCUUGUGGAUACGUAUCCAAUCCUACGUUUCGUCCCAGGCUACCUGAGUCAGCUGAAGACAUGGCACCAAGAAGAACUUGCUCUUUAUAACGGGCAGUUGGACGCGGUGCGAAGACAAAUGCGUGAGGGCACUGCAAGGCCAUCUUUUGCGAGGUUCAUUUUAGAACACCAGGAAGAGUACCAGCUUGAGGACAAGGAACUGGCAUACGUUGCAGGAGGAAUGUUUGGGGCCGGUGCUGACACGACUGCGUCUGCAAUCACAUUUAUGAUAAUGGCUGCUGCCAUUCACACUGAUGCACAGGCUCGUGUACAAGAGGAACUUGAUAGCGUCGUGGGGCGUACGCGACUGCCGACAUUUGACGAUCAGGAAAUGCUGCCGCAGGUUACCGCGUUCAUGCUCGAGAGUCUGAGGUGGAGACCUGUCAACUUCGGAGGCCUUGCGCAUCGCGCUACUAAGGACCUGAUUUGGAAUAACUACCUCAUUCCUGCAGGCGCGAUUGUCAUUGGCAACCUUUGGGCUAUCGCAAACGAUUCUGAGGUCUUCCCAGAACCGCAAAAGUUCAAUCCUCAGCGUUGGAUCGACGAUGCAGGUCGUGUGCGCGGUGAUCUCAAGUUUUUCGCUUUUGGCUUUGGCCGCCGAGUCUGUCCUGGUCAACAUGUCGCAAAUCGAUCUCUCUUCAUCAACACGGCUCUCAUUCUCUGGGCUUUCCGUCUUUCUGAGAAUCCUGCAGCGAAGAUUGAUCCGUUUGCUUUCUCGGAUACUGCAAACAUAUAUGCUGCUCCGUUUGAGAUAUGUUUGGAGAAGAGGAUCAACGAGAAUCUGAUUAGGGAACUGUGCGCACCGGGGGAGUACAAGGCGUCUAUCUAAAGAACUCGAAAAUUCACUUAAUGCAUCAUGCAUCAUCAUGCGCUAUACGCCUUUGUGCGUGGGAAUCUAUUCAGGAUCUUGUGGCGUGCUAUUAGCAUGUAGCCUCAAAGUUGUUCUGGAAUCUUUACUAUACGCACAAUACUAUAUCAUCCGCUUUUGCCAUGGGAAAACUGAACAUAGCUCACCAUAAAUCAUACCAUCCCUACCGCCGGGACAAUAUCGAACGUGUA